AUGGUUUCCAACUUGCGCCGGCUCGCCGCAGACCAUGCUGCCCUCCAUUGCGACAAGCUACCCCCGUACUACCUCUUGCCCCCGGACGAUGGGGGGUUUGCAGCAGCAGACGACCUAUCACAGUUAAAUGUUCUCCUCACAGGGCCCCCGGGCACCCCGUACGUGCAGGGUCUCUGGCGCCUGCAUCUCAAGAUGCCGGAGGAUUAUCCCAAUAGCCCGCCCAAGGCCACGUUCCGCACGAGGAUCUGGCACCCGAACGUGGAGGAGCUCACGGGCGCUGUCUGUGUGGAUACAUUGAAGAGAGACUGGAAGUCCACGUUGACACUGCGCGAUGUGCUUGUUACCAUUUCCUGUCUUCUCAUCCACCCGAACCCCGAUUCUGCCCUCAACUCGACUGCAGGCACACUGCUCCGAGAGGACUACGCGGACUUUGCCCACCAAGCCAAGCUGAUGACCUCUAUCCACGCGCCAAUCCAACCUGCUCUCCAAGAUGCUGUGAAGGAAGCCAAAUUUCGAGGCGAAGACGCCAGCUCCAUUCCGAAGGACCACCAUGUCGAGUCUCAAAACCCUCGCCCACGGAAACAACCGCGUCUGCAAUCGAGCAUCCCCAAGAAAGUGGCUCGCAACAUUUCCCCACCCAGGACCUACGUGCCACACGCUGCCGCCGAACCCUCCCAGCCAACCAUCCCAGAACGCAACGAGGGCAUGAGUGACAGCGAAGAUGAGGAUCCCGCGAGUGCAAGCAAAGAAAACAACCCAUCCCUCUCUCCGUCGCCGGUCUGCCUCGCACCUCCAAGCCCCCGCAAGAACGCACUUGGCAAGCGGCCGCUCUCCGUCCUCUCAAUGCCGUACCCCCACGAUCCCGAUGCCGACAUGAUGCUCAUCGACUCGGAUUCGGAGUCAGAGACCGCCCAGACGCCCAACUUGACAUCCUCGGAGCAAAACAUUACCGCCAAUCACACCCGCGCGCGACAGUCGGCCUCGCCACUGCGCAAGUCCCCCAAGCUCACCCUCAGCAAGAGUAUCAAUGCACCUUUCCGCCUCCACGAUGAUAUUCACAUCUAUGAGGAUGUCCCGGACCGGACCCGGUACAAUGGGGAUGGUAAAGAGAACUGUGACUCAGGUGUACUGGGCCUGAAGGAGAGAUGCGAACUGCAAGCUGCGAAGUCUGGAAAUGGCCCCCAUCCAGUCGCUUCAAUACCGGAUCCGACUUUGGCUGCUCACGGAGUCGCUUCUCAAGAAGCGCAACCUUCAAAAAUGUCCAAGAAGCUCGGUGCAGGCGCGCGCAAGGCCGCUGCCCCGAAGCCGAAGCCGCGAAUUGGCGUGCGUCGACUGUAG